UCUUCUUCCACCGUCGUCGUUUGAGAUAGAAACGUAGAAAAAAGAAAGAGAGAAGACAGUCGCCGAUAGACGGACGGAGAGACAGAUAGACAGACAGAGAGAUAGAUGCCUCCGUCGUCAGUUUAGCAACGAAAGAGAGAGACAGAGAAAGAUAGAGAAGAUAAGAAGAGACGGAGACGCCGGUAAACGGACGGAGAGAGAGAAAGAUAGAUGCUACCGUCGUCAGUGUAGCUGUUUUUGGAGCAACGAAUCAAGAGAGAUAGAGAGGAAGUUUGAGAAGACGGGAAGAGACAGAGACGUCGAUAAACGGACAGAGAAAGAGACAGAUCUAGAAAGGAAAAGAUACAGACAGAGAAUGAGAGAGAAUUCGAUCGGCAACCAUGAAGGUGUUGUAUGAGAGCUGCGGCCGGGCGACCUCCUCCUCCUCCUCCUCCUCCUCCUACUCCUUUUACUCCUCCUCAUACUCCCGCUACUCCUUCUUCAGCUCCUCUCGUGCUUUCACCUCCUCCCUCUUCCCCUCGAGCGUCUUCGAAUAAACGAACAGCGGAAAGUCCAAACUGAUUUCGAGUGACGCAACGACCCGCCCCCAAAUCAUAAUAAAAGAAAUAAGAAGAAGAAGCUUAUCGUACGACUCGCGCUCGUCUUCUCGGCUGUUGUUGUUGUUCCUCUUCUUCUGCUGCUGCUUCUUCUUCAUCUUCUUCUUUUUUUUGACCUGCGGUCAUCAGCCUCAUCGAUUCUUCAUCAGCUUCGUCGCCGUCAUCAUCGACAUCACCACCGCCAGAUUCAUCAUCAUUCAUUCAAGUCAGUCAUCACACAAAAUAUAAAAAAGGUAUAAAAAAAUAAUAUUCAGCAGGAAGCAGAAAGGCUCCUGCUGCUCCCUGCUCCCACUGCUACUGCUGCUGCUACUCCCAUCUGGGAAGGAUAAGAAAAAAAGGACUUUCUGACCACGACGGUGUUGCUUGCACAGCGAGAGGAUAUCUUCAGAAUCCUUCAGGAAAGAAGUGAAGUGGUGUUCUUCUUUGUAGUGUCACGGAGUGCCUCCAUCGAUCGAGUCUUGAUUGAUUGACACGGGACGGUUUUUUUUUAUCUGGCGUUGCAGCGAAGAUCUGUCUCCUGCUCAGCGUCCUGUCCAAAAGAAGUCGGGGGUUCAGGCAGAUGACAGAGGCGUGAUUUUGACAGAUAACUGCUUUGCUUUUGGAGAAAGGUAAAAGCGUAUAAGUGUGCCGAUAGCAGAAUUUUUUUUUUUUUUCGUGAGUGGCGUUGCAAAAUUAAUGGUGAAUAGAGAAGCUACAUCAUCUGAAUGAUGAAGAGAUAAGACUGACUUAGAAAGGUGACUCGAAGAGAAUUUUAACAGUAUAUUUAUAUAUUUGUUUAUCAAAGUGCGUUGAGUUUAGCCCCGAAAAAGUGGAAGUUUAAGUCAAAAGUGGAAGUUUGAAUCGAGCGCGCAAGCAAGCGCAUAUAGUACCAAACGGGGCAUCGUUAUCUCUCCGUCAUCACCAUUGCUCCUUACAGUGCACUGUGAGUUUUGAGUCGCGGGAACAUUUUUCAUCCACGCAGUCUACGGUGAAGUAGACUCUCUUAUAUAAAAGUCGAAAUAUAAAGUGUUGAUAAGAAAAGUGUUUCUCUUUAGUGUGAAAAUCUUCCACCCAUGAGUGUCGCGAUGGAGAACAGCCCCAAGAGAGGCGACCGGAGCGUCCGGAAGGAGAGGAGUUUCGUGCAGGCCGGACGGGGCAACCGCGACCUCCACCAGCCACCACCCUUCUGGAGGAGUCCCUCUGCGGACGGAUUCCUUGUCACUGCGGGCGGCGAUGGCAAGGUCCACCACCACCAACAACAGCAGGCGCAGCAGCUGCAUCAGCUGCAUCAGCAGCAGCAGCAGCAGCAGCAACAGCAGAUGCAGGCGGCCGAUCCCGCCAACAUGAAGAAAGAGCGCAGCUUCGUGAGGCACUCACAACACCACCAUCACAACAAUAACGCUAACUACAACCAUAAUAAUAAUAAUAAUCCAAAUAACAACAACAACAGCAGCCAUCACCACCUGCACCACAACAACAACAAUAAUAAUAAUAAUGCCGAGCGCAGGAACUUUACUCGAGAGAGGAGCUUUGGACGACCCCAGUCUGCCUUCGCUAAUUUGCAGAGCGACGACGGAGGAUUACUCCAGGUGACGAAUGGUUUGACCCGACAGAGAUCCUUCAUGAAGAAUAGCCCCAACCUGCAGGGCCGUGAGCAGUCGCGGCGCCGAAGUGCCAUGCCAGCGACUAACCGCAGCAAACCAGCCAUGGAGCUCUACCGCCCUCCAACACUCCGAGGACCUGGCAUCUUUGACAACGCGAACGGCGACGCCAACGCCAUCCUGAACGGCAAGAUGAUCGCGCAGAACGGCAGCGGGGGCGGCGGCUACGUGGAAAAGCCGGGACUCAAUGUAAAUGCUCGAGAGUUCGUUUCUUUGAACACCAGGCCUCCCCUCCAACACUCGAAAUCCUCCAGUAGUUUGCCCCUUCAGGGUCGACCUGGCAGUCUGCAACACUCCAAAUCAGGCAGUAAUAUUCGACAGACAGCCAAUGGUGAUAUUCGACCCCCGAGCGGCUCUCCUCCCAGGGUGCACUUCAGCGACGACAAGGAAAAUGACCCAGAUUCUAAGGCUGUUCCCAUGGCCCGGCCUCCUUCCUUGGCUGUGGGAGCUCUGAGCCAAUCAGGAAUCAAGAGAUCCAAAUCCCUUGGAUCUGCGGACCUUCGAGCGCAAUACUUGGAGGCUUCCACUCCCACUACAACUGUACCCGACCUUGGACCAUUCUCACCUGAUGUCCAGAAUUCGAUCACGAAAGCCAUGUCAGAUCCAAAUAAUGUCAGUGCAAGACAACUGAUGGAAGUUGUGAGGCAUGUCUUUACAAGAGUGGUGGAGGCAUCUCGACAUGCAGAACCAGCUGCCCGCCUUUGUAUUGCAAUUAUUGAGAAAGAAAAAAGUGAGACAUUCCUUGAAACUUUACUCAAUACAUGUCAGGAGUAUUUCCAAGAGCGAGACCGACUCUUAAGGAAUAAUCCCCCUGCCCCUUACCCAGGUUUUGUUCCCGCCCAUCCACGCUGGAUCGCAUAUAUGACUUUUCUGAAUGAGAUGUACACACAGCUCAAGCGGCGUCACGUGCAAUUGAUGACAAAAUGCAUGAGAAACAGUGAGACGCCACCAGGACUUCUGCUCCUAACCCUUCUGGCCCAGUGCUGCCAAGUGUGUUUAAAAGAGAAUGCUGUGAAUAGUCUAGCAGAGACUGAAUGCCUGUUCUUCGUACUGACGGGAGUAGGGAAGGACAUUGAGGUGGAGCUACCUCACCAAAUGGCACGGGUCAUGAGUGCCGCGCGUGAUGCAUUCCUAACUACUGUUCGAGUGCCAGCUGUUCGGAAAACGUUACUCCAGUUAAUUGAAAUGCAUGCUGCCAGGUGGCAGCUCCCAGCCCCUGCUGUAAUGUAUUAUUAUCCAGGGUCUGGAAGUAAAUAAUAAAGGCUUUCAUAGGUUCCAGAAUUAGAGGUAUUUUUUGUCUGGUGCCAAAUCAUUGCUGGUGGAAGGCUAGACAUAAAAAAAAUAUUACAAUAGCACAGCUGCCAAUUUUAUAUAUCCAUUUUGUGACUGGAAUCAACUCUAUCAUUAAUCCCUUUUAUAUAUCAGAUACCCACUUUGAUUCAGUUUUAUACAAAAUUGGUGUGAAAUUGUGCCUCUGAAUGGUUCAACUGAAGCCUAUACAGUUAAUGAAGAAAACAAAUUAGUCAUUGUGAAAUCAACUGGUUGUAUAUAGAUUGUCACCCUCUUGAUUGCCUCCUAGUAAAAUUGGCAUCUUGUAGGUUCAUAUAGCCUUAUAUUCUCCCCAGAAUGCUUCUGUUUGGCAUUCACAUCCUAGUCAUGCUAGUUUGUCUUGGAAAGCCUUACUGUCAUGAUAAAUGAUUCUUCUGUGGUAACAAUAGUAUACUGUAUCUGCUUUAGCAACGAGACUGUUAUUGGCAGCUUCGAAAAGAAAAAAUGUCAUUCUUCAGGGCAUGCAAGUUAUUAUUAUUAUUAUUAAUAUCUUGAAGCAUAUGAACACUGGCAAUGCAUUGUUAAAAGCCAUAUCUCAGCUACUGAACUUAAUACUUAUCUUGUCAUUGCAACAUCACUAGCGAUCCUAGUCAGAUUCAUCUUUCAACAAACAGCAUGAUGCUCUUGUCUAUAGCCACUUGCCUAUCUGUCUAUAACACUUGUUGGUUCUGGAUAGAAGUAAAUUUGUGCCAUGUUUGGUUAAUUGCUUAACUAAGAAGGCUCCCCUUUAAAAAUUUCUUUUGGAUAGUUCCUAACUACUCCGUGAUUGGCAUCACAUGUUUACAAGAAGAAUGCCUUAACCAUAAUUAGUAUAUUGUUGAGCAGUGGAGGUCUGUUGAAGGGAUGCCUUCUGUUCUUAAUUUAUCCAUGAGCUCCUGUUUGCACCAGAAGGAGGAAUGUCUCAGCCUGGCUCCUCUAACUUAUCGAUCGACCGACAUGAUAACGAUUCUCGAUAUUUCGAGUGAUUACACCUGUUAGGGUAAUCAUCCUCAGAUAUUAUACAGGCCAGCCGGAGACACAGUGUUGCCGGAGGUGCUUGUAAGGAACUCUUGUUCUUGUUGAUGGGUGACAGUCUAUUCAGGAGGCCACUGUGAUGUCGACUAUUGCCUCAAGGCUUAAUGGUAAAGUUUUUGGGUGCUAUUGUGAAAUGCCUAGAGUGAAGAAUGGAGUGUAAGCUGUGUUUGAGCUAGCAGUCCUCAACAAGUGGUCCUAAGCAUGUCACACCUGUUCCUCUCCAAAAUAAAGAAUUCACGAGCCCUUCGCCGGCUGUGCCUAUGAGCUGUUCUUCCUCUACCCAGCUGCGUCUAAGAGCUGCUGAUAGUCUUCCAAAAAGAAAAGGUCCAACUUCCUAUAAACAGCUUCCCAUUGAUUCUCUUAUAAUCUUUGUCCCUUGUAACACAACUUCAAAUCUUCAGUUUCUAUUCCAGCAAUGCCGGUCAUCUUUAUAUUUAAAUGUGCACUUUUGGACCCUGAUGGACUGACCUUCCACGGCAGAAAAACAUUGCUGGGCCUCUUUUGGCUGAACAGUUGGAGUUUACAGUUUUUUCUGUAAUCUGUAAUUUGAUAAAGAAACUUGUUUUGUAGUUCAUGAGUAGUCUUGUGUUUUUAUUUUGACUUCAACUCUAAUCCAACUAUUCAGUCUCAUCUGGGCUUAGUAAUGUCUCCAUCUACACAGUGUCACUGUUUGCUCAUCUUCUUAAAAGUUCCUGGAAAAUUUUGGUCUAUCUUUAAAAAGAGAUCUAAUAUUUUUGUAUAAGAAUUAAUUUCUGGUACUCAAGUGAGUUUCUAGUGAUACUUUUGUCUCAAACAAUUUUUAUGGAAGUGAAGACCAUUUGCUACAUAAUUUUGGUGCCUUAGAAAAAGAAAAAAAAACUUGGAACAACUUAAUACAGACUUAAUAUAGCUAUAGAAAAAAAGUAAGAUAUCAGUUUAACUACUGUAUAGUCAUUAAUCCAGCAAUAUAAUUUCACUCUUAAGGUUUGUACUAAUACAGUUUUCUGUAUUAUAACUCUGGAAACUAUAUUCCUUGUCUUAGGGCCUAUAUAAUCUUGAAAUUUUUUCAGCAUGAUGUACAUCUUCAGCUAACAUAGUUAUUGUAAAAUGAAAAAAAAAAUACCACAAUAUUACAGGUGAUAAGUGUUACACAACUGUAAUAAAACCUCACAAAAUAUCAUGAUAUAGGUACAUUAGUAUUAGGCAUUUAAUCAUUGUUCUCCAUACAUAUGAUAACUUAAUAUUUUAAUGAUAAAACCUGACAGCCUUAAACAAAUAUUGUGAAACUAAUUUUAUACUACUUUAUAACAUUUUGAUAAUGACAGCUCAACUUUGUGGAAUUUGUAGGUCCAACUCAUUAUAGAACCAACUUUAAUGGCAUUCACUUAUAAUUGUUUCAGGCUCUGUACAUUUUUUUAUUAAACUUAAGUUUAUCUAGGUCAGUGGUUCAUAAAUGAUAAUCUUUUGUCUUUCAUUAUUAUCUUGCAACACAUAUACUCAUUACCACUGCAUCUGCUAAUGCUGUUGGAAAUUUAUCAAAUGUUCUGUUUUUAAAUUUCUGGCUUGUAAUGUUUUUGCUCAUCACUGUUCAGAUUAAUAGUUGCAAUGCAUAUUGCUUUGAUAUACUGGUAGUGAUUGACUGAUCAGGCCAAAUUUUGAGUUGUGGUUUACCAGAAGUGUAACAGAGCUUCCAUGUAAAACCAGGGGCUCUUGAAAGAACACAUAGAGAGUAGUGUUGGUGACUGUCUUAACAUUUCCCAACUAAAAGCUUGAAUGUGUAACGAGAAUGCUUUAAGUAAUCUAGUCCAUUGCCACAACUACUUUUGGGCUGCCUGUCUUGGCUUUAUUUAUGUAUGUGUGUAUAUAUUUAUUAUGGCAUCGCUCUAAAAGAUUGUUAAGUAUUGAUAUCCUUUUCAUAACUAGUAAAUGCUACAGAUGUAUUUUUAGAAAAAAAAAGAUACUGUAAUUAGGGAAAUGGCUGUGCUUCCUGGGGAAGAGGCCAUUAAAAACUAUUGGCACAGAAAUGGAAAAAAAUUGUCUUUGUUGUUGUUGCUAACUUGGUAUUGUAUCUUGGAAUGCUGAGCAAAAUUGCUAUCAGUUAAAUGUUAACGUUACUAAUUCACAUUUUUGGAUGAUAGAUGUAGUCUUUUGAAGAAAACCCAUUUAUUUUUUUGAAUGAGAUAUGAAUGAAUGCGUAAUUAUGCUUAUUACUCUGUAUGAAGGAAAAGAUGCUUGCCAUCCCUGGCAGCAUGAAAAUCCCUUUCUCAUUCCGUUCACAAUGACCAUCACGGCACCUUCAACACACACACCGCUGCAAUUAGCAAUGUGCUCCGUAGAAACAUGGAUAUUUUGCAAUAGCUCACAUAAUAAAGAAAAGUGGUGUUUCAUUUCUUUAAUGUGAUUUUUUUAAAGAAAAAAAAUACUUCCCUUUUAAACUCUUGAGAUAAGAUGUGGCUUUGAUCACCAUUUUGGGUGUGAAUUACAAUCCAUGUUUUAUCCCAAAUGACCUGAAAUGCCUUAAACCUUUUAUUUUGUACAGACGUGUGCUAAUGAUAAUUACUGUCAAUGAAUUUCAUGUCAAACUUUGUAGAAUAAAAAUUUUGAUUC